AUGGCGGUGGAAUAUGAGUGUUGUGAAACACAGUUCUUUUUGCAUAUAGCGAUCAUAGCAGCUUUGGUUUUGUUUGCUGGUAUGAUGUCUGGACUUACUUUAGGCCUUAUGUCUUUAAGUCUUGUUGAUCUUGAAGUUCUUGCCAAAUCCGGUACUCCUAAAGAUCGUAAAUAUGCAGAAAAGAUAUUACCAGUGGUCAGAAGACAACAUUUACUACUUUGCACCCUUCUUAUUUGCAAUGCUGCUGCUAUGGAGGCACUUCCUAUCUUCCUUGAUGCUUUGGUGACAGCUUGGGGUGCUAUUUUGAUAUCAGUUACCUUAAUACUUUUGUUUGGCGAGAUCAUACCUCAAUCUGUUUGUACUAGAUACGGAUUGGCUAUUGGUGCGUAUGUGGCUCCGUUUGUGCGUAUUCUCGUUUGGGUUUGUUUCCCUGUUGCAUAUCCGAUUAGCAAGCUACUAGACUAUCUUUUGGGUAAUGAGCAUGUUGCACUUUUCCGGAGAGCAGAGUUAAAGACACUUGUGAAUUUUCACGGCAAUGAAGCGGGAAAAGGAGGAGAAUUAACACAUGAUGAGACAACAAUAAUUGCAGGAGCUCUUGAACUUACGGAAAAGACAGCCAGCGAUGCCAUGACUCCUAUAUCAGACACUUUUGCAGUCGAUAUAAAUGCUAAACUUGAUAGAAAUUUGAUGAAUCUAAUCCUGGAGAAAGGGCACAGCAGAAUACCUAUAUAUUACGAACACCCUACAAAUAUAAUUGGACUUGUCCUGGUAAAAAAUUUGUUGACCAUCCAUCCAGAAGAUGAAGUACCUGUAAAAAGCAUCACCAUUCGCAAAAUUCCAAAGGUGCCAGAAACUCUUCCCUUGUAUGACAUCUUAAACGAGUUUCAGAAAGGCCACAGCCACAUGGCUGUUGUGGUGAAACAGUGUAAUAAGACCAUAGACCAGGCUGCCACGAAGAGUCCGACAUCUGAUGAGACUAAGGAAGUGCGAGUAGACAUUGAUGGUGACAAUAAAUCUUCAAGAGAAAAUAGCGUAAAGUCCAAUAGAGCAUUCCAGAAAUGGAAGAGUUUCCCCAACAAUGGAAACAAUUCUUACAGGGGUAGCUUUAGAAGUAAGAAGUGGAAUAAAGACAUGUAUUCAGACAUUUUAGAAAUAGAAGGGAAACCACUUCCAAAACUUCUUGAAGAAGAAGAAGAAGCAGUUGGAAUAAUAACAAUGGAAGAUGUGAUCGAAGAGCUACUGCAGGAGGAGAUAUAUGAUGAAACGGAUCACCACUUUGAGGACUCCUAACAAUGGAUAGAUUAAACCUAUAUCCAGUAAUUUUCUUAGUUUCAACUCCAGCCAAACUUCAAACUUUCAUGCUAUUUGAGCAGAUAGCAAGAUUUAAGGUUUCUUUGAAAAUGUAAACAUGAAUCACUGUAGUUUCCAUGCUUAUAUCACUUUAUGAAACAGUCUGCUUAUUAGUGUUUCUGGGAAUAGCUAGAUCUAGAUGUUUACUUAAUUUCAACUCAAAUUGGUAAUGUUGUAUCGAACCUGGGAAUUUAUC